UUUCUGGAGACCCUGAUAAUAAAUAUGUACAGUACUGUAUCACGAUGCACUCCACCGGAGGAUGGAAUGAUGCAUCCUGUGAAGAUUUGUACAGUUUUGUUUGUUAUACUGGAACAGCAGUAAACACAAAAACCUUUGUGUAUGUCCCAAUUGAGCUACGAUGGGCUGAUGCCCGAGAUUACUGCAGAAAGAACUACACCGAUUUGGCUGUGAUUGAAAACGCUUAUGAAAAUACUGAAGUCUACCAAGCAAAACCACAAUCCGUUGCUGUAUGGAUUGGUCUGUACCGAACUCCAUGGACUUGGACUGAUGGCAGCAACAGCUUAUUCAGAAACUGGCAAAGUGGACAACCAGAUAACGCAAAUGUUAACGAGUUCUGUGCGGCUGAGAACGCUCAGCAUGAAUGGAGUGAUUUUGACUGUAAUGUCCAGAACACUUUCGUUUGCCAUGAAGAUCCAAAAGGGAUGGUGGUGAAGAUGAAGUUUCAGACCAGCGCUAACAUGACAGAUCCAGCUAUUCAGUCCCAGUUCAUCCAGCAGCUGGGUGCACUGCUAAAACGCCGGGGACUGAUGGACAUUAAGCUGCAAUGGAAGAUUCGGCCCAGAAAACAGGAAAACGAUCAAGAGGAACUCCCAGGAGCUCAGUGCACUUAA